UUCAAGAUGUCAGCUUCCAGUAAAGAAACACGAGAAAAUUUACAGUAGACUAAAUAGCUUAGAUUUAGACAGUUUCUUGAUAAUAUAAUGUACAAUAUCUGCACAACUGUUUGCAGAAAACAACCACAAGUCUAUAAAUUGAUCAAACAAGUAGAUGUUACUAAUCUUACAAAACAUAUUCUUGGAUUUAAGUCAUUGCAAGGACAAGGGCUCAAUAGUCGACAUUCAAAAUCUAAAAAGAAUAAAAAGAUCCAAAAAACACCUGUAAAAACUUUAGAAUCGCUUGUUGAACCAGUUCCAUACACAUCAACUAAUACCCAGCCACAUGGAAUCGGUGAAGAACUUGGUGGAGCACUGGCAAAAGAAAAGAUACUGGGAAUUUUGACUCAAUUCUAUUUAAGGAAAGAAGUAAGAAAAUUUGCAGAAGAGAAUGGCAUUGAAUCCAAAUUCUUCCAUAAGUCAUACCAGAGUUUUAGAAAGUUUUGUUGUGAUGAAGAAAAUCUCCCGGUCGAGUUACAUCUCAUACUAAGUGAUAUUGCUGCUGGUGCAGGACAUGUUGAUGACCUCCUACCCUAUUUCUUACAGCACACUAAAAAGAUAUUCCCACACUUAGAAUGUUUGGAAGAUUUAAAGAAAAUAAGUGAUCUUAGAAAUCCAGCUAAUUGGUACCAGGAAGCCAGAACCAUUGAUAGAAAGAUUAUAUAUCAUGCAGGUCCAACUAACAGUGGUAAAACGUACCAUGCUUUACAGAGAUUAACAUCAGCAAAAUCUGGGGUCUAUUGUGGUCCCCUGAGACUUCUAGCUGCUGAGGUCUACAAUAAAUGUAAUGAUAAGGGAACUCCUUGUGACCUUGUUACUGGAGAAGAAAGAAGAUAUGCCAGUGAAGAUGGAGAACCUUCAAAUCAUGUGGCUUGUACUGUAGAAAUGACAUCAGUAAAUACACAUUAUGAAGUAGCUGUGAUAGAUGAAAUACAAAUGGUUAGGGACAAGGGUCGUGGCUGGGCCUGGACCAGAGCUUUACUGGGACUUUGUGCCAAGGAAAUACAUCUGUGUGGGGAGGCUGGUGGUAUAGAUUUGGUACGAGAACUCAUGUUGCACACUGGUGAUGAUGUAGAGGUGAAAUAUUACAAAAGAUUAACAGAUUUGGCUUAUCUUGAUAAAGCCGUUGAAAGUUUUGACAAUAUAAGGCCUGGUGAUUGUAUAGUAUGCUUCAGUAAAAAUGAUAUAUAUUUUGUGAGCCAACAGUUAGAAAAAAAGGGAAUAAAAUGUGCUGUUAUAUAUGGUGGACUACCUCCAGGAGCUAAAUUAGCCCAGGCAGCAAGAUUUAAUGAUCCUAAUGAUCCUUGUAAAGUAAUGGUAGCUACAGAUGCUAUAGGAAUGGGACUAAAUUUAGCAAUCAAAAGAGUUAUAUUUUACUCUCUAACAAAACCAACCAUUAUGGACAAUGGACAAGUUGAGAUUGAUGUUGUCGAUACAUCCACAGCACUUCAAAUAGGGGGCAGGGCAGGCAGAUUUGGAACACAAUUUGAACAUGGUGAAGUGACAACAUUUAGGAGGAAAGAUUUACAAUUAUUAACAGAUAUUAUUACUAGAUCUGUAGAUAGUAUAAAGCAAGCUGGCUUACAUCCUACUGCAGAUCAGAUAGAACUGUUUGCAUAUCAUCUUCCUAGUGCUACAUUAUGUAACCUUAUAGAUAUAUUUAUAGUUUUGUCAGAAUUAGAUAACGUUAACUUUUUCAUGUGUAAUUUGGAUGAUUUUAAAAUCCUUGCUGAAAUGAUAGAACACAUACCAUUGACACUAAGAGUUAGAUAUGUUUUAUGCUGUUCUCCAAUAUCACGAAAUAAAGCGUUUGUGUGCUCCAUGUUUCAAAAGUUUGCAAGACAGCUUCAUGUUGGAGAGCCAUUAACAUUUGAUUGGUUGUGUGGACAGAUAGGAACAAUUAGUGAACCAAAGACCAUUAAUGAUCUUGUCCAUCUAGAGGAUAUUUUUGAUGUGUUUGAUCUGUACCUGUGGCUUAGGUUCCGCUUUCCAGAUAUGUUCCCAGAUUUUGAAGCAGUGCAACAAACUCAAAAAGAAUUAGAUAUUAUCAUUCAGGAAGCAGUUCAGAGAAUUACUGUAUUAUUAAAAACUUCUGAAGCAUCAAUACAAACUUCAAAGGAAGCAACUCCAGAUCUUAGUGAUGAGUCAGAUUCAAUUCUUGGUGGACUACUCAAUGAAGUUGGGAAAUUAUUUAAACCAAAUCGUAAAAAUGUUGAUAGAGACCAGAUCGAUUCACCAAAAGCACCUUCAAAUGAAGAGGGGGAAAUAGCUCAAGAUUUACUGAAAUCAAACAUUCUCACUCCUGACAUGUUAGAAAAAUUAAAAGCAGAAUGGUCUGAGCAACAUUUAAAACGAAAUAGACAUGUUAGAACUUCUAGGAAACCAAUUAAGAAAAUAUGAGAAUUUUAUAAUGA